AGGACUCCUCUGAAACGGAAUGGAGAUGAUUGGACAUUUUAUGACGAUAGAAGUUUUGAUUGUGAACUGGACUUAAUCCCCGUGAAAAAUAAGUAAGUGCUUAUCAACCAGUUGAUCACGAGAAAAUGAAAGCAUUGUAUUCCUUGUCUACCAGUAUAUGCUGAACGGUUUGGCAUCUUGUUUGCUUGUAUUGUUCUCUGAUGAGACAGUCUCUUAUCGUUUCUGUUUUAGACUACAAAAGAAGUACGGAGACGUUUGUCAGCUAGGAAACAAUGUUGAAGUUUAUGCGUACGGUAUGUUUUAAGGAUGCGUUAUUUAGCUAGUACCAGUACAGCAGGGGCCUCAAAAUUUAACAUUUCUUCAUGCAAUAUCAAUUGCGUCAAGAAACUUGAAGCAGUAGUAGUAAAGUCCUUUUUGCUAGCGUGUGGGUCCACAGAUCUUGGAAUUUUAAUUGAUUUUUUUGUUUGUUUGAAACAAAAUAUGUAAACUAAACACGCGCAUGGGCAGAACUUGACUGCCAUUUUAAAAAUUGUUUGUGUUUAUUUCAGACGACAAGUAUGAGCUGAAUGUCAAUUGUACCGUGACUUCUAAGAUACGCGGAAUUGAUAUCACAUUGAGUUGUGGAGUAAGUGGAACACCAAGACACAGAAUAAAGACAUACAGAAGUGUAACUUCCAUUACAAAACCGUAAGGCGCUUUUUACCGAAAUAGCUGGCGGCCAUGUUCUUAGCAAGUGCCCUAAAGAGAGGCAUUCACCCGCCUGGAAUAUUAAAUUUUCAAUAUGUUUUCAGGGGGGUGACUGCCUCUCUUUAGGGCACUUGCUAAGAACAUGGCGGACUGAAAAAAUCCCUUACGCACUUUUAAUAAGAAGAUACACUUCUGUAUGUCUUUAUUCUGUGUCCAAGAACCUCGUUGAAAAUUUUAUCUCACUUUACUGAGAUCCCACCUAGCGCAAGUUGAUAUCUUACCUAGCCAGGCUCGUUUCUCUUAUGAACACAAAUUUAUUUUUUUAUGUGGUAAAGGCACAGUUCAGCCUUUUGAUUGAAAAAACUAACUAGCAAAAUCAAUUAUGCAUAAUUCAGGAUUAGUAAACUCAAUGUUUUUAACAAUAAAAAUGUUUUAAAAUGUUAAAACAUUAAGUUUGCUGAUCUUGAAUUAUGCUUAAUUGAUUUUCCUAGUUAGUUUUUUCAAUUAAAAGGGCUGAAAUGCGCCUUAAAAACCAUCAUUCAAAAGGCUGAACUGUGCCUUAAACAAAGGGCAUGCAGAUCUCACUUGGGUGAAUUUCCCGAUUCGCUGGGCUCAUAUGAACGGGCGUUAGUGGUAGGGCCUGAUUCUUGUAGUGCUUACCAGGCAUAUAUCAUUACAUCGGUCCAUACAUCAAUGCCCAUGCGUAAUCUGAAGGCGUGUUUACACUUUCGAAAUAUCUUUCGAUCUUUGGUCUUUUUCUUUGAUAAAUGUUAUUAUUUUGUCGUUCCUGUAGAAUGAUAGCGAACCUACAGGGUCGAAUACAGAAAGCAGCUUACAUAUAUCAUUACUGUGGGCGACAACUAGCGUCUGUCACUCAACGAGGUAACUAUAUAUGCGGCAAGCGUGUAUUUUAGAUUGUUUCUGGCCCAGUGGUCAAUGCACAUGCAGUUCUACGAUUGAGGUCCUGCAAUAUGCAGUUGUCUGCGUAUAAUUUAGCCUCAAUCACACAAAGCCUGAAGUACUAUAGUUAAAACAUGAGCAGCAGUGUUAGAUAUAAAGAAACCAGGCGAAGCCGAGUAAGUUUGUUGUUCAAGUAAUUUUUGUCGUUGUAAGUUUGUUGUUUAAGCGCGUUGGCGAAGUAAUUUUCAAAAAAUACGUUGUGUAAGUCGAGAAAAUCAAAGUUAAAGUUUAUGUAAAUCAAGGGAAAUCUCUAUCACAUAUAAAUAUACGACACGCUUAUGAUUUUUCUUUGUGUUUUUCUCAUGAAUUAUUCUCAUUGAAGUUUAAUUCCUGUUUCCUCUUGUAGUCACAUUACCAAUAAGGGAUGAUAUUUGCUGGACCUCUCUGGACAAUAAUUUAGACCUGAUAAAGCUACUCAGAAUAAACAAAAUUAGCUUAAAUCUAAACAUAGUUAUCUUAAAUCUAGAAACUUCAAAAAUAACUUGUCAAUUGCAGGAUAUCCAGUUGUUCCAAGACUUUCUCACGUUCCGUGUCGAAAUCAGCGCUCGCAGUUAUUGGAACGUUGACAGGCAUUGGCCUUCUUGCUGCUAUCUUAUUUUUUGCUUGUAAACCACAGAAAAGGUAUAAUAUUGUCAGAACUACCUACCUACAAUCUAAAACCUACUUACCCACCUUCUUAUCCCCACCUACCUACCUACCUACAUACAUGCCUAGUUAUUUAACUACCUGCUUUUUGAUGUAUCUAUCUGCCUAUCUGUGUGUCUUUGUGUUUUAGAGAGACAGCUGCGUUAUGGCUGAGGUGGCAUAUUCGGAAAUAUAUUUGCUGUAAACCCUCUUAUCAAGCUUCAUAUCGUUAUAAGAAGGUGCUCAUUAGAUAUUUUUCUGUUGUCAAGCAUGAAAAAAGUCUCUGUUAUGUGGACUUAUCUCGCACACUUCGGCUGAAAUGCCACCUAAAACUGGCGGCGUGAGAAAGGCUAAUUGUUGGCAUAUUAUAUCAUCUUUCUUUCUAUACUCUGAUCAAUCUUGUUGUAUGAUUCAGGUAAACACAGAUGAAGAAGGUGGUGAAACAGGUUUCAUUAUCGAAGCAGGAGCAGGAUCGUUAUUCAGUGAUGAUAGUGAUGAUGAUGAUGAUGAUGAUGAUGAUGAUGAUCACAGUGGUGAUGAUAAAGAUGAUGAUGAUCUAUUACCAUUAGACGAUGAUCUGCUCAAUUUAGAAGAAUAAUAGACAUUGAAUUUUUGUAGAGCAUUCGUCGUCAAACAACCUCGAGGUCAGACGGUUCAGUAUUACCCCAUAUAGACAAGCAAGUUUUCUCUGUCGUGUUUUAUCGUGAAAGCUUCUUGUCAAGAAAACAUAUCGGGGAAAAACUGUUGUCUGUAUGGGGACUGACGAGAAUUUAGACCUAUAAUAUUUAAAUCAGGCUUAGGUGAUAGAUUUUGAUAGCAAUAAUUAUUUACAUUAUGCAUUUGUAGUUGUGAGAAAAUUGAAUAGUACGGCUAAGCCUGUUACUACGGUUUGUAUGGCUGGGAAAGUCAGGAGGCCGUCUCGUUAUUUAACUGCAUAAGAAUUCCCCAAUGUUUUAUGAUUGUAUUUUACGGAACAUGCAAUAACUCAAAUAAAGAUAGGAUUUGAGCUGUAAAAUUAAUAAGAUAAAUUUGUAGUGAUAUUUUGUAGAAAUUCCCAUUGUGAAUAAAAUUCCAGAAAUGGGAAUUAUCCUAUUUUUACAAUUUUAGCUAAAGUACAAGCUCUAUGAAGAUCUGAAAACAUGUUUUCUAUGAACGCAACAUGUACCUAUUUUAAUGAAUGAUUUGCUGUCUUCGUGCAUUUAUCUAACAUGACGUAUUGAUUCAAUCGCAAAAAAAUUUAAAUUCUCAAAUUAUUAGAGAAUUGAACUAUUUUCUUGUAAUUUGCAAACGUUUUUUAGCACAAAUUUAACUAUUAG